UGAGCUGGAAGAUUUCCAUACUGGUGGGAAGUAGUUACAUUAUAUCUCCUCCUUCCCCUCUUUCUUUGUUACUAUUCCUAAUUUUCUUCAACUCAAAUCUCCCUUUCACGACAGUCUAUCUUCUACUCUUCUCUUACUUUGAUACCCAUUACCGUAAUCAUGGAGAAGAUCAAGAACCUCAUCAACCCUGGCAGGGCCCAGGAUAAUGAGACUCUCUACGGAAGUGGUACGAACACGGGAAAUACGGAAACAACAGGUACCCACGGCGGUCUUACAGGCGAAGGAAGCCAUCUUGCAUCCAGCACAGGCAACACAUCGGGCCUUGCAGGCUCACAGGCAACAGGCACAUCAGGAAUUGGUAGCACAAACACUGGAGUUGCCUCUGAAGCUUCAACUGAUCAAGCUGGACGUGGCAUCGGCAACACAGGAUAUGGACAGUCUUCACAGACUUCUGGUCUGCCCGGCCAAGGCAGUCAUCUGUCUGGAGCUCGAGACACAACUUCAGGAACAUCUGGCUUGGCAGGCAAUCAGACCUCUGGUCUAGGAAAUACGUCCAAUACUGCAGGCACUGGGAGCACAUCAGGAUUGACUGGAAACCAGACGUCUGGUCUUGGUAACACCAACACUUCAAGCACUGGUCAAUCGAACCUUGCUAGGGACGCAGCGGCAACUGCUGCUGGGACUACGGCUGGAAACACAAGGUUUGCACACCAAGGCCAGAGCGGCAUUACCUCUGGAACGACUACCACGACUUCCUCUCACAUGCCUGGUUCUUGGGACGACUCGUACGAGCAAGGCUCUGGCAAUACGGGCUUCGGAGGUGCCAAUACAUCUACAGGUCUUGGAUCUGGCACAGUAAAUCCCAGCACAACUCAAGGCACAGGUCAAUUGGGAUCUAGUACGGGCACCAGUGGACUCUCUCAAGACCCAAACACUUCUUCAGGCCAUCACCUAAGCAGAGAUGCUGCGGCAAUUGGCACAGCUGGUACAAUUGGUGAAGGUGUUCAUCAUCACCGCGAGAAUGAGAGAGGUCUAGGUAAUACUGGAUCUUCAGCGAACGAUUCAGGACUUGGUACCGCCAAGGUGUACCCUCCCACUACAUCUCACUCAACUCAUCUUGGAUCGGGAUCCAACUAUCCAUCAACCGCAUCUGGUACAUCCGGGUAUACCUCUACCCUUCCCGACAGGACUCUGGGGUCUCAGCAACCUGGCUCUACCACCGGCUAUGGAACAGGCCAGUCAGGAAACACAUCUUCUGGCCAUCAGCUUGGUAGAGAUGCUGCAGCUCUUGGUACGGCAGGUGCUGUGGGUGAAGGAAUCCACCAUCAUGAGCAUGACAAGAAUCUUGGCAAUCAAGAAUACACUGGCACAAACCGUUUUAUGCCACUCUCAUCUAGCACUGCCCAGACCGGAACUUCAGGAUCGCAGCCACUAGCUUCUAAUACUGGUUAUGGAAGCAACCAGUCAGGAAACACAUCUUCUGGCCAUCAUCUUGGUAGGGAUGCCGCUGCAGUUGGUGCCGCAGGUGCCGUGGGAGAAGGCAUUCAUCAUCACAGAGAGAAUGAGCGUGGUCUCGGCUCCACUGGUGCAACCUCUGGAUCUCACUCUUAUGGAUCAACCACAGGAGUAAGUCACGUUCCUUUGUCUUUGCUAGCCUGGAUUCUAUCUGACACUUCAUAGCCCCACAGUACUGAUACUGCUAAUCUACUUGAUCCUAAUAUCAGCGGCGGCGCAAGCAAGCUCGAAGACGCCCAUGAACACCAUCCCC